GAACACUUUACAGCACUAACUGAUGCCACUUUUCAUAUCGGACUUGUUAUUUCCUGCCGUCGACUCAAUUCUUUUCUUCACACACGGCAUAUCGGAGCAAUUGCUCUAAAAAUGGGUCAGAGACAAAGCACAGCUAAUCAGGAAAACAAUACUGAGAGUAACGCUGCAGACAAUGCUGCGACCAACGAAGAGGACAACGAAGUGGACAACGGAGGGGACAACGAAGUGGACAACGACGAGGACGACGAAGUGGACAACGAAGAGGACGACGAAGUGGAAGAGUUAGACACACCUCGACCAGCGGCCAACCAAGGCGGACAAUCGCAAGAGUCGAUUGACGAAGACGACCGGUUAAUUGUUCAAGUUUUGUCCAGCUGCCCUCACCACAGUGUAAUCCCGCAUAGGGAUCAGUCCAUGGUGGUGGUGCGUCCUGGGAUGUUGGACAGACAGCGACGUCGCACCCGAUGGGGAGACGGCAUGGACGAGGUGAACGCGGAUCCGUUGCAUGAGGCGCGAGAGCUUUUCGAGAAGGAUCUCGAGGAGGAGCGCAUGAAGAAGUUCCUCGAACAGAAACUGGAGCGGGACAAGCUUCCAGAAGACACACCACUGCCAAUAUUCUUGCAAUAUCGGGAGCCAAAGGCCCCCUUCGUCCCAUCAGUAAACAUUCCGAAACGUAUGCACAAGAAGCAUAACCCUGCUUCGUUGAACGUUUAGGAAAAUGGGGAAAAUACAUUGGAGCUCAGAUCUAAUUGGUGAACACGAUAAAUACGCUGUACUUGUAUGCACACGUCCUGUUAAAAUAUUGAAAUAUCUACAUAUACAUACAUGUUAUUAAAAAUGGUGUGUGUAAGUUUCAUAAAUAAUACAAAUUCGAAGACAUGCAAAAAAUA